UAAAUAAGCAAUUGGAAGUCAUAACAGUUUUCUAUUUAAAAUAUGAAAAAAAAAAAUAAUUACAUGAGUGAAAUCAGGAAAUAUUGAUAAAUAGAAUACUACACAGAUUUACCACAUUUAAUACAUAAACAUUAUCUUAUAAAGUAUCCAAGAUGGGAUUCAAUUGAGACAUGUAUAAACAUAAUAUUUAUAUAUAUAUAUACAUAUAUAGUUAGUGAUAUAUUAGAACAUAUCCUUCAUCAAGGAAAAAAACGAUAACACUAGUAUAGAAAGAUACAGAAGUGAAAAAAAAUUAAAUAAUGAACAAUCAGUUGCCAGCAGAAUCUUUGACAACAGCAACAAUCAAUGGAAACACUUAUGACAGUUUAUUAACUAUGUCACAAAAGUAUACAGAAUUACUUAAUUUGUGCACAUCAAUGCUUAUGAUGAAUAGUGCAACUAUAAAUAUGAAUCAAACUUUCACAAAUAAUUGGAUUGAUGAAAUCAAUCAUAAAGCCAACAUAUCGAAUUCACCAACUCAUUCAAAAUCCGAUCAAUUGCCAACAUCUAAAACACAUAUUAUUCCGACAACAUCUUUACAAUUAAAUCAACCGAAAUAUCAAACAUCACAAUCUCCAUUAUUAUUUGAUUUCUCUUCAGAUCUAGGCAAAACUGAGCAUUCAUCGCAUCGCAUACCAAGUUGGCGUAAUUUUCUAAUUUGUAUUUACACUCUAUUAACAAUAUGCGGAGCAACAUUCAAUUUAAUUCUGAUAUUUGCCCUGAUAAAAUUUAGGAAACAAACAUUAUCGCACAAUAUUACAAAUUUGUUUGUAUUAUGCUUAGCUGUAUCCGAUAUAUUUUUGUGUUCAGUGAGUAUGCCAAUACAACUAUAUUAUGAAAUGACAGAGAAUCAUAAACCAAGUACAGAUUUAUGCCGAGUAUUAUUUAGUAGUUUCGGUAUACCAAUGUAUAUAUCAUGCCUAACUAUUUUAUUAAUUGCAUUUGAUAGAUAUCGUCUUAUUGUUUAUCCAUUAAAAACACAAUUAACACCGAAAGCAGCAUUUGGUCUAAUUAUUAUUGUCAUAUUAUUUAGUGCAUUGAAUUCAAUACCAGUUGCAUUACAAGUAAAUAGUGAAGGUUUAAAUGAAUAUCAUUAUUGUGUAGAAUCAUGGCCAAGUCCACAGUUACGAUUUGCUUAUUCUGUAUCCAUUUUUGUCAUAUUAGUGCUAUUACCCUUAAGUGCAUCAGGUGGAUUUUAUUUAGCUAUCUAUCGACGAUUAAAACAACGACCUUGUCAAUUAAAUGCUAGUAAAGAAGCAGAAAAACGUAAAAAGCGUACAACUAGUUUAUUAGUAAUAACAGUUGUUUGUUUUGCAAUCUGUUGGACACCAUGGUGUUUAUAUUCAUUAUUAUUAGAAGUACAAGCUUUAUUAAAUGUUGAAAAUGAUUUACCAUCAGCAAGUACAUAUGAUUUAUUAAAAUUUAAUCGACUAUUCAAUUCAAGUCAACAAGUAAUUCACAAAGAGGAUGAAACAUGGAAAUACUCUAUUGGUUUGAAAACAUGUGAAGACUUUCUAUGGUAUACAAUGAAUCAAUCACUACCUAUUAUGAAUGGAAAUUUUACAAUGGAUUCAUCGAUUGACUUAAUGAAACCAAAUAUGAAUAUUAUACCGGGGAGACACAUAAAAAUUAUUGAUCUUUUAUUAAAAUUAUUUGCAAUGGGUUCCGCCUGUGUCAAUCCAUUGUUGUAUGGAUGGUUAAAUGAACCGAUUCGUGUAAUAAUGCGUAGACAAUACAGUAGAUUUGAAGGAUGCUUUAAAUGCUUUGAAAUUAGCCGACGUCGUACAGACAAUAAAAAACAUAUGAAAAAUUAUAUAGAGGAACAAAAUUUACAAAAAAGACCAUUAACUAAUACGUCUUGCUUUGAUAAACACAAGUCAACAUUAUUAUUAUCAUCAUCAUCAUCCUCCAAAUUUUUGAGACCUUCACAUUUCAUUAGAUCCAAUUCAGAUUAUGAUACGAAACCAAAAGGGAAAACUGACAGACCGAAAAUUGGUAGUAAGCAACUAAAUGAUGCUCGAUCAGUGAGUUAUGCUGAAGGAGAUAUUGAUCUCAAUAACAAAGACCAUUUAGACCAAACAGUCGUAAUAAAAAAUAAUAAACUUGACUCUGAUACUGGGAUUUUAACAAACAAUGAUAAUAAUAAUACUGUUGACAGCAAUCGAGGCUAGUUUGAAUUACUGCCACUAAAAAGACUUAAAUUUAGAGGAAAACCACAAGUUAAUAGAUUAUAACUGAAUGUAUUCGAUUGUUAGAGUAAAACACCAAAUUAUUCAAAUUUAAUUCCUUAAUUUUUUUCCAGACAUAAAAGAGAACGUUCCACACUUCAUAUACAAAGAAACAGUGAAUCUGUUAACUUUUAUGUAUCCAAGGAUGACGAAUAAGUAGAUGGUAAGUGAAUAUAAACAUGUGGAUUUAAACACGUUCUUUUCUCUUAUUUAAAAAAGACUGAAGAUAAGAA